GUUACUGAUUUUGUGACAAUUCUCAUUGAGAAAAUAGCUAAACUUUUUCUUCCCGUUAUGUUGGUUUUCGUAACGAAUAUUAGGCGUGUUAGUUGUAUGACAAGAUGUUAUUUCUAGGUUAAAAUGGUACAUUUAGAUAAAAAUGUUUGGUCCACGGGAAAAUGUUCAAGCUCUUGUUGUCGAUAAUGGAUCUGGAAUGGUCAAAGCCGGGUUUGCUGGUGAGGAGUCUCCUCGUGUUGUUUUCCCGUCCAUUGUCGGACGUGUCCGACACAAAGGUGUGAUGGUUGGCAUAGACAAACGUACAGCCUUUGUCGGAGAUGAAGCUCAGUCGAGAAGAGGAAUCCUCACACUGAAGUAUCCCAUCGAACACGGGAUUAUCACCAACUGGGAAGACAUGGAGAAGAUCUGGCAUCACACCUUCUACAACGAGCUUCGUGUUGAUCCCGGGGAACAUCCAGUUCUCUUGACAGAGGCUCCCCUCAACCCUAAAAUCAACAGGGAGAAAAUGACGCAGAUCAUGUUUGAAACCUUCAACACUCCGUCUAUGUAUGUUUCCGUUGAGGCCGUGUUGUCCCUGUACACUUCCGGUCGUACCACUGGAAUCGUCCUGAACUCCGGCGAUGGAGUCACGCACACUGUACCAGUGUACGAGGGUUAUGCUGUUCCUCACGCCAUCAUGAGAGUCGAUCUUGCGGGUCGUGAUCUUACAGAGUACUUGUCGACACUCCUUACGGAGCGUGGCUAUUCCUUCAACACCACAGCUGAGAGAGAAAUUGUGAGAGACAUAAAAGAGAAACUGUGCUACGUUGCCGAGGACUUUGAGCAGGAGAUGCAGACUGCAGCGACAACUAACACGGUAGAAAAAAGCUAUCAAAUGCCGGACGGCCAGGUGAUAGUGGUUGGCAACCAGAGGUUCCGGUGUCCGGAGGCCAUAUUCAAACCGCACCUCGUCGGCAUGGAGUCUGCCGGGAUGCACAAGAGGACCUACGUGUCCAUCAUGAAAUGCGACGUCGACAUCCGUAAGGACUUGUACGCCAACAUCGUGCUGUCGGGUGGAUCCACCAUGUUCCCGGGAAUUGCCGAUAGAAUGCAGAAGGAAAUCGCAAACCUCGCUCCUAAAUCCAUUCAAGUAAAAAUAAUUGCACUCGAAGAUAGGAGAUUUUCGGUGUGGAUUGGUGGUUCCAUUUUGGCCUUCUUGUCCUCCUUCCAGAAGAUGUGGAUCACCAAAUUCGAAUAUGAAGAAUCUGGUCCGGGCGUAGUGCACAGAAAGUGUUUCUAACCACGUAAUGACAACGUUAAUUGUGACUGCGAACCGAUUUGAUUUCUACUCGAGCUGUUGACAAUUCCUUGGCGUUUGUAUCAAGUGUUUCUAGAAAUACUGUUGACAAUUCCUUGGCGUUUGUAGCAAAUGUUUCUAAAUAUACUGUUGACAAUUCCUUGGCGUUUGUAUCAGUCUUUCUAAAUAUAAUGUUAACAAUU